CUCGUAGUUUACCGCGUGGUUUGCUGAGCACCACAUUUCGUUGGCAAUCGCAUUAUAUACGCAUAAUUCGGGCAGUAUUUACGUGAAAACAGUGAAAUAUUAGGUACCGCGAGAAUAUGACCAUAAUGGCGUUGAAACGAGAAUCCAUUUCGAUUGAGGAGUGCCCAUUUAGUGCUAAAAAGCUUAGGAAAGAAGAAAUUCAAGAUGAUGGUGCUCCUAUUACCCCUGAAAAGAAGAGUAAAAUAUUGAAGAUUAAAAACAAAACUAUUGCAAAAAAUAAACAGAAUGGGACUGCCGAAAAACGGAAAAAAGUUCGGUCAUUGAAGGCAAUGAAAGAUGAGUGUACCGAAGGGAAGAAAGGUGGCGCUAAGGACGCGUAUGGGUCCUCUUCCUCUAAUAAGCUGGUUGAAAACUUUCGCCAGAAACUGAACCAAGGAUCGGUUGCCAUCGAUGUCAUUCGUCAUUUUACCCAAUCAAUUCAACAGAACCCUUCGUACGCCGUGGAUUUCAUCCGCGCGGGAGGCACCUUCAAGCCGCUGUUGAAAGUUCUGGGCUCGCUGGAUAAGGAGAAACUGGCCGACAUCGCGGAACUCUUCCAUCUGAUCCACUACAUUUUGAUCGAGAGUGUCAGUUAUGACGAGACUCACGCAGAUUAUGCAGCCAAGUGUGCCAAAACAAUUCUGACCGAUUACAAGCCUUCUAUCAUAGGCUUACUGAAGGGUCAGCAGAGUGAAUCGCUAUUGAUUGCCGGAUUUCGGAUACUGAAAGCGAUUCUGUUGGUUGAUCAUCGUCACGGACGGGAUAUUUUGAAGCUUCUGGAUGUUUGCUUACCGGAGAUGGAAUUGGGGAAGAUACGGGAGGUUUCAUGCGAGAGUGACAAUGAAUCCUUGAGAGGCGUGUUUGUGGAUUUCAAUUUAUCCUUCCUGAUUGAUACCAGUGCCGAAUUGGUGCGCUGUUGGUUGAGCAGAUUUCAGCUGUUGAGUCCGCUGGUCAACAAUCUUGUGUUCGACCGAGCCGAGAAUGUGGUUCUGGUAAUGAAGACGUUUCAGCAGUUUAUUUUGGAGUCGACGGAAAUCGAUAAGUAUAUCUACAGGACCACUUUCAGUACGGAUAUUUUGAAGGCUUUAGUUCAUGUGUACGAUUGGGUGGGACCAGCGAAAGAAGACAUUGACGAACAGCAGACAAAUACGGUACUCAAUGCGGCUGAGAAAGUUCUGAUGCCUCUAUUGACAUCCAAAAAACAUCAUCUGGUUCCAAAAUUAGUUGAUUUGGGGCGUGGAAGCUCUCGCCACAAGCACAUACUUCUGGCACUGAAGAACUCGCAGCUUAAUAAGCACCAGAAAAAGUUGGUACUUAAGAUCUUCGAAGUAUGUCCUGAGGUUCUACCGUUCGUCUUUGAAAACUUCGGCGCGUUGCUAAAAUCUAAGAAUCAUGAACAUCGAGAAUUCUUGCUGGAAAUUUUGCGUCAACAAAAACCAGAGGAGAUCACAAAAAACUUCACUUCGGCAGAUGCCAAACAGGUCUCUCAUUUCGUUACCAAAGCGACAUUGCCACGGACAAUACUGGAGUAUGUGACGAACUCAAUCAACAAAAAGAUAACUGUGGUUCUCGGUUUCGAGUUCCUGGCUGUAAUGCUGAGUAAGUGCGAGAAGUAUCUCCAAGAACUGCCAAAAUUGAAAAAUUUGGAUCAGUUCGAUCUGAAGAAGGUAAAGUUCGAUGUAAUCAAUCAGAUUUUGUCACUUUUCCCCACCAUUGACUCAAUUAUGGCCACCAUGAUCCAUCACCGCUCUGAUAGAGCGGUGGCCAAACCAUACAUAGCGAUGGAGCACGCAAUGGACAUUCUGCUAUCAUGCAUACACACUUUUCCCUCGUAUAUCGAAAGUUCGUCAUUCAUUACCACCUACCGGGACAUUCUGAAUCCAGUAUAUCGUAACCGUGCUAUCGAAUGCGAGUAUCUAUCGUAUGAAUUCAAAGCAAUCAAGGUGGUCAUCGCCCUCGAACCCCAGUCCAUCGCCUUCAACUCCGAUUUGUUCCCGUCGGUAUUGAAACUUCUAACCAAGGUCUAUCUCAACGGAAGCCCGGACAUGCAGCUUGAAGCUAUCGCCCUAAUAUUAGCCCUCUUCAAGAACACUACCCUAUUUGGAAACAAUCCCAUGGAGAUAGAGAUCUGGUUCCACUCGCUGCAUCACACGAACCCAGAAUUGGUUCCGGAACUUGUCACUUUCCUAGCGUCGUCAUUCCGUCAAGCCGCAGAGCGGCGUCAAGGCUCGCCCGUGGAUCACUCGAUCAUUAACGAAGCCUUUGAAAAAAUUCGACAAACCGAUUUGGACGAACUGUUCGAGCGCGUGGAAUCGGAAGCUUCCGGCCAGUUGGAGCAGACAGAAGCGAUCGAGCUUCCGGUGGCGAACAAUUUUCUGCUGUAUAUGUUUGACGCGAACACCGAGAAACCGGAGCGUUAUCAUCCGUAUCUGGAAGCUGUGGCGCUGAGGUACUUUCAUUUGUUGCCCCAUCCGGAGAUUGUGGAAAAUUGUGCGAAAAACAUCGGAGGUCAGCUGCAUAAGUACUUCAGCAAGUGGAUUAUCGAGGGCAAGGCUAAGUCGUUGGAUGGUUUCGGCGAGGAAACCGUUCUCGGACGGUUGAGUAGGAUGUUGCUGAAGAAGGAGAUGUCGCUGGAAGCUGUUUUGUUGGAUGGUUCACCCAAUCGCUGUGAACUUGUAUAUCUCAUCCACGAGAGUAUCUUCUACGCAACACGUCUGAUCGAGCUGGGUAAAUUCGAUGCAACCUACUCGAAGGUAUCCUUGUUCUACAUUCAACAUUUCCUCGAGCUCCUUAUCGCCGAAGAAACCGAUCUUCCGGAGGCGGACCAAAAACUGGGCGAAGUGCUCAAAAAUAUAUUCUGUCAUCGUCCAGUUCUCUACCAGCAUUUUUCAAUCGUCAAACGGAAAACCGACAACGCCGGGGAGCUGACCGCCCUUGUGACCGGUUUCGUCUACGAGCUGAUGAAAACAUUGCAAUCGGUGGCAAAAUUUUCCCAGCACACCACGCUAUACUCGAACAAGAUUGUUUCCGAAAUCGUAUCCUCUUCGGUGCGGGCGAAUAGUUGCGAGUUGGACGCCGUACUCGUCGGGAGGCUGUUGGAAAUAUUCGAACUGAACGAACGGCACUGUGUUGACUUGCUGAAGCACUACUCCAAGCUGUCGCAUACCAAAUUCAUCGACGAGAAAAAUGAGAAAACCUAUCACUACAAUCUGUUGACGUCUGGGCUGCGAAAAUUGGCAGGGAAUCAUAGCUACUUUCUGGAACAGGACACAAUGAGUGGUUUGACGAGAAUCUAUGUCGAUCUGAUCCGAGAGAACGGGAACGAGUUAAAUUUGGAAACGUUCGAAGUAGCGCUUCAUAGCUAUCUGGAUACAUUCAGUCAUAACAUCGCCCAUUUGGAAGGAGAUUUGUUCCAGUGUUUCUUCGAGAGUAAACGUAUCGGGAAACCGAUGGUCAAGUUGGCAGCUUUUCUGCUCGGGCGAGAUGCGCGAUUUGGUGACACUUUUCUCGCGAACAUACCCAACAAUGUUUCGAAGAAGGAACUUGUUUAUCCGUUGAUGAACGUUGCCUCCCUGAAAGGCAUAUUCGAUGGGGGCAAUGAACAGCACAAGCAAUUGCUAGCGACGAUUUACAACGAGUUCAAAAGUGGUCUCAACAAAACAAUAGAGAAACCAGGAAAGGCCGCCGUCAUAUACAAGGAGAAUACGGCCGCGAAUCGGUUCCUGAUUCAGCACUGCAUGCCGAAAAAUGAAUGCGUGGAUUUCGCGAAGAAAAAGCUCAAAAUUGAUUCGAUCGAAGUUUAUCAGUUGAAGCUCAUGAUGGAAAUUUACCGGAACGCUUUGGAGGGAGUGAAAGAAGAUGAAGCGCAGCUUAAAAUUGUGUACACAAACGUUUUCAACGUUUUACUGCAAUUCUUCAACAUUCUGCUGAAAGUUGGCGAUGUUUCGAAGGAAACCGCUAAGUUGAAUGAGCUUGUCCUGGCUACUUUUGCUUGGACAAAGUUCAGCAAAAGCUGCAAGCUUUUGAGUGACGUGGAAUUCAAGGAAAUAACCGAAGCAGCAAAUUGGACCAAUUUCUGUAAACUAAGCUUGAAGGUAGGAAUCGAUAUACACAAAUCUGCGGAGAAUCCAAAUCGACACGACGAAAGGCUGCAUGUGCUGUUGAAGAUCGCAGCAGUUUUGGUAGACCUGUUCUACAAAGACAGCAGUAGCCCCGUAGAAGUGGCGUCAUUUUACGAGCUAGCUUUAUCCCACUCCCGCUUCCUCGACGUUAUGUUGGUUCCGUUCCAGUUCAAGAUCAAAACAUCGUUGGCCCAUUUACUGUUCGUUCUUGCUCGAAAAAAUCCAUCCGUCAUGGAUAAGAAGCACAUCUCGCUUCUGCUGGGAUCAUACGGAGCAACCCUUACCGAAGGCAAUCGUUACAUUCUGGCGCUUAUUCAACACUACGAACGGUCCGGUGUUCACCUACAUGAGUAUCGUCCAUUUUUGUGGGGCGAUGCUGCCAUCAAGCAGUUCUCCCUAGGACAAGACUCCUCUGAUCAACAAACCCUCUUCCGCACAAACAAUGCCGGAGUGUUCAACAUCCUCUCGAAAGAGAAGCUUUCCAACACCGUCAGAAGCUUCCCCGUCUGGAGGAAAUUAGAUGCCGGAGCCCAGCUCCCGGAGGUGAACUUCGACGAUUUGAAGCUGGACGAAAAAGCGUUGGGCAAAUAUUCGCCCAACACAGAAAUUGAGCGAUUCGUCGAAAAGGGCGGCCACAAACAUCGCAAACCGCCGGCAGCGUUGUUAGAUCACUGCGCUGGCAAGAAGGAAGUUCUCGCUGCGAUUUACGAUCCGGCAUUUUUGCUACCGAUGCUUGGGUAUCUUUUCUCGCCGGAGAGUAUAAAUUUGCUCGACUUGGCUGGUAAAUGCGGAUCACUAUCCCUUCCGUUCGUUUGCCUGGCUAGCGAGGACGAGCAAAUGCGAUUGGCGGCGGCCAGCGCGAUUGUGAGGAUGAAAGGACACAUGGAUCUUUCGAGGAAAUUCAUCGAUUCCAAGUUCUGGUUGCACUUGUUUUCGCUGGUCCAAAACGGGCUCGCCGCGUUGAACCGGACCAAACCAGUUGGCCAAGGUGAUGUGCAAGAUGUGGUGCCCAAGAAACCCCUUUCCAAGCCAGCAUUUUUACCAUGUCUCUUCGUUGGCGAAACAAUCAACAUUCUGCCGGAUGUUCUCAACGAACUGCACUCAACCCUCACGCGAUACUUCCUCCUGAAUGGCGCCUUCCACCUCAAAACCAUCCCGAAUUUCUUCGUGAUGUUUCACAGUACGCAGGUAAAGCACAACACGCACCGCAUUUUCGUUCUGGAGACCAUCUACAACGGCAUCAAAACGCAUGACGACUUCGUUAUCCUGCGCACCUCACCGGUCAUUCGUGCGCUGAUGGAUUUUUACGGUUCUGCGCUGUCCAAUCGGGAUCUGAAUAUUCUCAUCCUCAACACCCUCAAUAGCAUAGUAAAGAUUCCGAAAUCAUGCGAAGCGAUGCUUAAUUCGCUUGGCUUCUUGACAUGGCUAUCGGCACGGAUCGAGGGCAUUGAAAGUUUCCACUUCGAUACGAUCGAGGCCUUCCUGGGAAUUCUCAGCAAUGUGUGGUAUUCGGCGAUGAUUCAGCACCGCAGUUACAACAUGAAGCAGCUGAGCCGCUCGGUGCUUGUAAUUGUGCUGAAGUUCUUGCCGCUGUUGUCAACAAGAAGUUCUAGUAAAACAUUGACGCGGUUCUUGAAUUUGAUAGAGAAGACAGCUUUGGAGAAUUGUGAUAACGUUUCGCUUAUAAGUGAUAUAGUGCUGGACAUUAUGCUUGAAUAUUUUGAGAAGCUGUUCGAACAACAGUUUUGGUGUGUCAAGUAUGUAGCAACGCAUGGUAGCGCGAAUGCUGAAAGUUGUCAUACGCUGGGAGAGAAGAUGAUCGCACAAGGAGUGGACGAAAGUACUAUUUUUAUUAUCCUUACACUUAGGAGAAUUGUCAUUCGAUGCCAGAAAUUUCGUUCGAUGGUACAAACGAGUGAAUGAAGUAGAGUUUAUUAUUGAUUUUGGUUGUAAAAUAAUGGUGUAAAAUGCGUAACAAUUGAUGACAAAAUA